AUGAAGAAUGGGCAACGGGCAUUCCUGGAACAACUGGGACUGGAAAGGCAGUCAACUCACUCCGCAUUACCUCGGGUCAUUGGUCACAAUCGAGUCAACUCUACUCACUGGUCUAUGGAAACUAGCCCCUCUGUCCCUUUCCCUUCUCAAGCUAAGCAAUCGAAAUCGAAAGAUCAGGUCAGCUUUGCUUUCCGAAGUCCGCUCUCGUCUGCCUGGUCACUAUCCCCUCUUCGGUCUAUGAUCACUGGUAUUAGACGACGCUCUUUAAAACGCGCUAUAACCGCAUCUAAUCAACUCAAGGCAUCAAAGGAAUCGGCGCCGGCACAACCUGAACCGUCACCUUCGUCCCUUACCCCUGACCUCUGGUCACUAAUUGACCCCGGCUCUGACCUCUGUCCCGCUCGCCACAAGCAACAGGCACCCUUUCCGGCACAAUCAAAGGCAACAGGAGGAGCAGAAAGCGCCACUCGUAGUAUGUUGACCCUAUCCAUCCUUCCAGCGCAUGCUACGUGUUGGUUAAUCAAAAAUCUCUUAGGCCGUCCCCAAGCCGAGCUCUCCCACGUUCCGAACAUGAGACUUCUGGAACUCGACGCCCCAUCGUUCGUACCCGGCCACGGCUCUCACCUGGAUUCCCAUUUGGUUGAUGAAGGCGCAGUGGAUUCCUUCUUUAAGGAAAUCAAAGGCGCUUUCUCUUCGACUCUACUGUUCUAUAUGGAUUUGGAAUGGUCAAAGGCCUAA